CAGACCCCCUCCAGGUGUCUGUCCCACAGAUCUCUCUUCUAAGCUUUAUCGCAGCCAGUCCUCUAAGCUGUUCCUUUCAGGUCCCUGAUCAUUGUGUCAAAGAAAUGACCAUUGUCCACAGGUGAGUGUAGAUUAGUACCUCUGGCCAUCUCUCUUGCAAUUCAAAGUACAACAUCAGAUGUCCACUCUAAUGGUCUGCCCUCCACAAGGGUCUCCCCUCUUCACUGUGCUUCAGUCACUCCUGCUUGGGGCUGAAAUGCUACAGAGUCUAAUUCCAGUUGGUACCAGCAUCAUGCAGAACCAUCUGUUGCAUUUGGAUUUUUUCCUCUUCAGUUGGCAUAUCGUAGGGAACUCCCAUGAAACCAGAGUGAGGGUUGAGGGAGAGAUGAUACUUCAUCAGGAGUAGACACAGACGUGACCUACACUUGUUGAUGAGAGUGUGGUGGUGCUGAGCACAGCUGACUAGGACUUUAUGACUUAGAUAAAAUCUGGCUCAUGAGGAAGCUUGGGUUACAUGGUCACUUGGUUUUCUUUUUUCAGACUACCAGGUAAACUGCAUGCCAGGGGCUGUUUCCCGAAAGAAUAAUUAGGAGAUAAGAAGUCUUGCUUUUCUUAAAAUCCUGUGCCUAGGAUUUUGCUGUAGUCAGCUCCUUAACACUGCCCCUCAGACCCUUUCAGCUCCAUUACACUGCUUUAUGUUAAAUUGGAGAAAAUUAUAUUUGCUUUGACUGCAGUUGAAAUGCCAGCCGUGCUGAUCUGCCCCUGUAAGGAGGCCACAUUUCUUGAAGGUGCCACCCAACUAAACGUAAAGAUAAUUUCGCUUUUCUAAACUCCAUUUAUUUUUCUCUUCAGGCCAAACAGGUGAGUUAAAUAUGGAGGUGAUAGGAAUGUCAUGAGUGAAUGUAGGUCACAAACAGACCCGUAGCUGCACUGGGGUCUGGGAAGAACUAGUUAAAGCCAGUGGUACAUUAGGGCAAGCUCAAUGAGGGUCAGAGGGUGCUGACUCACCCAUCAGUAAAUCUGCCUCAACAGCUAACAAUUGAAUGUUAUCAUUCUGUUUGAAGUGCCCUGUUGGCUUCUUGAAUGAAUAGCAGAUCUCCCUUUACUGAGGGACAUACUAAAUAUUUUCUUCCAUCUUGGGUCUCAUAAGUAGACACUCAGUGGGCCAUUUUUGAAUAAUUAUGGAAAAUAGCAGACAAGUUUCCUACUUUGCUGAUCUGUACCACACUUGGCUGUGCUUUUUCGGAGACUUAGGUUUUCAUUUUAUUUACAACAAAAUAGAUUAAAGUAGAGCAGUUUUUGAAAAGAUGAGAAGUACUACAGAAGCUACAGACCAAUGACCCCUAGCUGUGGAUGUCAUCUUUGGAAGUUAAAGAACUCAGGCCAGACUCCAAAAUAUUAUUUCUAAAAAUUAUACUUCAACUCCACCAUAGCCCGAGAAGAACUGAUUAAGUCAUGAAAUGCUAUCAGUCAUAAGGUUUAUAAUUUUAAACAAAAUGAGGGCUGAGAAAUGUGUUGUAUCAUCAUCUUUAGCUGAAUAGAACUUGUUUGGGGACCCUUUGCUCAGAAUUAAUUUCAGUUUUCUUCAACAUUUCUACUAGAAUGCGUCUCCCAUGUAGGUUAUUGCCUCAUUAUUUUUAAGAAGUGAUUUUAAAGGAAAAUAGUUCCUACAGUAGCUUGUUUUCAUUAUCAUGUUACAUAUUUUUUCAGCUCCCUUGGAAAUCAUUGACUAGCAUCAUUGAAUAUUAUUACAUGUGGAAAACUACUGACAGAUAUGUGCAGCAGAAACGUCUAAAGGCAGCAGAAGCAGAGAGUAAACUGAAACAAGUGUAUAUCCCAACUUACAGCAAACCAAAUCCCAACCAAAUAUCCACCAGCAAUGGCAAACCUGGUGCUGUGAAUGGAGCCGUGGGAACCACAUUCCAGCCGCAAAACCCUCUCCUGGGGCGAGCCUGCGAGAGCUGCUACGCUACACAGUCUCAUCAGUGGUAUUCUUGGGGCCCACCUAAUAUGCAGUGUAGGUUAUGUGCAACCUGUUGGCUCUAUUGGAAAAAAUACGGAGGCCUGAAGAUGCCCACCCAGUCGGAAGAGGAGAAGUUACCUCCUAGCCCAGCUACCGAGGACCCGCGAGCUAGAAGCCAUAUGUCUCGCCAGGCCAUGCAGGGGAUGCCAGUCCGAAACUCUGGGAGCCCGAAGUCUGCAGUGAAGACCCGUCAAGCUUUCUUCCUUCACACUACAUAUUUCACAAAAUUUGCUCGGCAGGUCUGCAAAAAUACCCUCCGGCUGCGGCAGGCAGCAAGACGGCCGUUUGUUCCUAUUAAUUAUGCUGCCAUUAGGGCAGAAUAUGCAGACAGACAUGCGGAUCUAUCUGGAAGUCCCCUGAAAAGCAAAAGCACGAGGAAGCCUUUGGCAUGUAUCAUUGGGUAUUUAGAGAUCCAUCCUUCGAAGAAACCUAAUGUAAUUCGAUCUACACCAAGCCUGCAAACCCCAACCACCAAGCGGAUGCUAGCCACCCCGAAUCACACGUCUCUGAGCAUUUUGGGGAAAAGAAACUACAGUCAUCACAAUGGCCUGGAUGGAGGCACAGACAAGAGCGCCCGAUGAAUCCCCGGGUUUAUGUUGUUCAAGACCUUCAACCUUGUUAAGGAAAAGACACUUGUCUCAGUUUCAGAGGAACCGUAGCCAUUGCACUUUUCUCAAGACCCAUUUGUCUCUGCUACCCUGUCGUGGUGCAGAGAGGAAGGCUGAUUACCUGUGCCUUACCUCCAAUAUCUCAUCUGAUUCAGUUGACAGAAGGUUCCAGGUCAGGGGACUUGACUGUUUUGCAUACCAUGGUAUCUCUGCUGCCUGGCAUAGUGCCUGGAACUUAGCAGGUGAUCAAUAAAUGUUAGUUGAAUAAAUAAAAGUGAUUGAGAAAAAUGAGACCUGGAGAGGUGAAUUAAAUUUUCCAAAGUUACCAAAGUUGCAUAAAUGGGCUGGGGUUCCUAUUCAGGUGUGACUGAUUUCAGAGUCUGCUCUUUUACCCACUGUUUAUAAAUGAAGUUGUGGCUCUCAAAUGUGCUGCAUUAGCAAAGUAGAAACUACAUAAGUUAUUUUAACAGCUCAUUUAAUAUGAGAAAUCAACGUGAUAGAUGUUGAAGGACAGAAUGGGUAAACAGGGAACGCUGUUGGACAGUGGGGUGGGGAGAAGAAACAACCGCCAUCACUAGAGCUGGGGGAACAACACGGAGAAAUGGGGGUCAUCACAGCUAGAAGCCCAAGGAGCUGGGACUCAGACCCUUGAGGGAAGAGCACUGCUCUGUCGGUGCCGGCAUCUCUCAGCAAGUGUGAUGAGGCUGCUUCUGAGAGUGUGAAGUGAAACUGAGAACUGAAACCCACUGCGGCUGACAGGAACAAGGAGAAGCAAGUCUCUUGCCCAGCCUUACAGGUACCCUCUAGCCCACCCCACAUCAUCUACUGGUGUAACAGGGAUCUGAAUGGCACAGGAGAAAAGCAUUUGCAGAGUCCCAACUGCACCCAGCAGCACAAAGCUGAGUUUAAGUAGAUGGAUGUGCAGCUGAGAGGCAAGAGGGUCACAGAAGCACAUUCUUUAGAAAAUGUCCCCAUUUUUGUAUUCCCAGUGGACCUUUUCCUUGGGAUAAUGGGUCUAUUUCUUACUUCCUUAAGAUAUAAGACACUGACUCACCUGAGUUUCCAAGGUGAACUCAAAGUACUAGAAAAAAAUCUUAGGCUAAUAGUGAAUUUUCAUGGGAGAGUUAAUACCAUUAUACACUGGAUUUGAUACGCACAAAUUCAUGGAAGAGUCUUACUCUGUGUGAUUCAAUAAUAAAAUCAAUUAGCACUGCUAUGUAAUUAUCAGCAUGUCAGACAGAUGAGCUCACCAGACAGGAUGUUGGUGGACAGAACUCGUCCAGCUGGAAGCGAAACCUGAUUGUACUGGAAUAUCCAGCCAGGUCUCAGCUGUCUGCUGCUUCCUUCUGCUUCUUGCUCCCUUUGCUCAGCCUCCACCUUCAGUUGGAGGUUCUUCGUGGUGGGAAAAGAGCCUCUGAAUUCCUGCUGGUAGAUGGUUUUUUCAGUUCAGUCGCUGAGUCGUGUCCAACUUUUGCGACCCCAUGGACUACAACACAGCAGGCUUCCCUGUCCGUCACCAGCUCCCGGAGCUUGCUCAAACUCAUGAUAGUUUUUUACCUGACAUUAAAAAAAGAAAAAAAAGACUGGGCAGCUUCUUCUUAUCUUCUGAAAGUUACCGUCUUUCACCUGGCCUUGGCCCUUUAAAGGCCCUGGUGUGACUAGGGCCUGGGAGUCAGCAUUCUGUAUCUUUUUAACCCAUGGUACUCAGCCACCCACAGACCUCUGUGACUGUCCUAAGGGAACUUAGAUUCUAAGGGUAAAAACACAACCUGCACACAUAAAAAGCCUCAUAUUUUGGAGUCAGUAUAGACCUACCCAGAUCCAUAUCAAUGUCCGUUUAUUUUAGUCUUUGUCGUCAGACUGUAGUUCCAGUGGUGGCCACAUGCCAUCAGAGUGCUUUCCAAAUCCUGCCUCCUUUUCUGACUUAGAGUUGACAGUCUUAUUGCCAGCAAGCCAAACGCCUCCCACAUUCGGCUGACUUGGGUAACUCCAAUGGCUGUGAGAACAGAAGGCCCUGAGACCAGUGGGGAUAGAAGAGGCAUUACUUACCAUGUCUGGGAGCCCCAAAGGGAGGGCAGCAGGGGAAAUGGGAUUUGUCUCUGCCAUGGAAAAAAGAACAUCUGACUGUUUGGAGUGAGAUGGGAUGAAUUGCUGACUUCUCUGAUAAUUUCCUGUGUGACUUUGGGUAAAUCAUUUGGUUUCCAUAACCAUUUUUUUUCUUCUCUUCUGUAAUACAAAUACAGAUUUCAUUUGCCUUAACCAAGUUGUUAUAAUGAUUAAAAAUUUUCACCUACUUUAUACCACUUGAUCUUCCAAACACUUUAUGAGGUAGAUGUUAUACCCCUCAUUUUAAUAAUGAAAAACCCCAGGUUCAAAGAGGUGAAGGGAUUUGCCCAAAGUCACCCUGCUAGCAAUUAGCAGACAUGAGAUUUUAAACUCCAAAUCUAAGGUUGUUUGCACUGGUGAAUAAGGAUCCCUGAUCUGUGUGUUGAGUACAGCACGUACCUGGGAGACAUUUCUGUUUUUUUGUGUAUCAAAGCUGGGUUUGUAUUUGUAAACACAAGAGAGGAACAUAGAGGGCAUUUUUCUUUGCUCAGACUAUGAACCAUAAGCAAAGCCAUCAACUCCAUCUCUUGCCUCUGCAUAGCUCCUCUGCCUGUAUGAUACUCCCUCCUUUUUCUGGAACUUAGGGGAUAGGAGCUAUAUUAGUGUCAGAGAGAGGGGAGAAAAAAGAAAUAGAGAAAAACCACAAACACCUAAAGGUGAGAUAUGUUUCAAUUAUAUUUCCAGUAUCGACUCUGACGCAUAGUGAGUGUUCAUUAAGUGU